CCCUGACCCCCCCGGCACCCCCUGACCCCCAUCCCGCCAGGCCCAGCAUGGGGCUGAAGCCCUGGCAGAAGGCUCUGUUCCCGCUGCGCUCCGUGGCCGCCGUGGUUCGGCUGUUCGAGGCCGAGCUGCGCCAGCCCGAGCCCGACCUGGUGCUGCUCUCGCUCGUCCUGGGCUUCGUGGAGCAUUUCCUGGCCGUCAACCGCGUGCUCCCCACCAACGUGCCGGGGCUCACCUUCGAGUCGCGGCCGGGCCCGGACCCCCAGACCCGCCUGUACUUCCCGGUGGCCGAGCUGUCCAUCGUGGCCGCGCUGUACGCGCGCUUCACGGCGCAGAUCCGCGGCGCCGUGGACCUGUCGCUGUACCCCCGGCCCGACGGCUGCUCCUCGCGGGAGCUGGUCAGGAAGGUGUCGGAUGUGAUCUGGAACAGCCUCAGCCGCUCCUACUUCAAGGACAGGGCGCACAUCCAGUCGCUCUUCAGCUUCAUCACGGGUACCAAGCUGGACAGCUCAGGCGUGGGGCUGGCUGUACCUGGGCAGGGGCACAGGUGGAUGUGUCCCCAUGUCCCCUGUCCCUGUCCCCAGAGCUGGCUGUACCUGAAGGGCUCCUACCUGCGCUGCACGCGGCACAUGGAGGUGGCGUUCAUGGUGUGCGCCAUCAACCCGUCCAUCGACGGCCACACCGACAGCCUGGAGCUGCUGCAGCUGCAGCAGCGCCUGCUGUGGCUGCUCUACGACAUGGGGCACCUGGACAGGUACCCCAUGGCUCUGGGGAACCUGGCCGACCUGGAGGAGCUGGAGCCCACCCCGGGCAGGCCCGACCCCCUCACCCUGUACCACCAGGGCAUCCACUCUGCCCGCACCUACUACAACAACGAGCACAUCUACCCCUACCUGUACCUGGCCGGCUUCCACUGCCGCAACAAGAACGUCAAGGAGGCGCUGCAGGCCUGGGCUGACACGGCCACCGUCAUCCAGGACUACAAUUACUGCCGUGAGGAUGAGGAGAUCUACAAGGAAUUCUUCGACGUGGCCAACGACGUCAUCCCCAACCUGCUCAAGGAGGCGGCGGCCGAGCCCCCCCCGGGGGCUGAGGGGUCCCCCGGGGGUCUCCCAGCCCUGCAGGACCCCGAGUGCUUCGCUCACCUGCUGCGCUUCUACGACGGCAUCUGCAGGUGGGAGGAGGGCAGCCCCACGCCCGUGCUGCACGUGGGCUGGGCCACCUUCCUCGUGCAGUCCCUGGGCCGCUUCGAUGGCCAG